CUCGUCACGUGACCAUGACAGUUUCCUCUCAGUAUUGUAACACACUUCCAUGUUUUUCACCCAAAGCAGCAGCUGUGAUGUGAAACAGCCGCAGCCGCGCGCGCCUCGUCCUCGACGUCCAGGUGCGGAGAACGUGACCCGCGUCGCAGCGGUCCGGAGAUGGGAGACAUGACGAAGUCUGUGGCUUUCCAGAGCAAGUUAGCCUCCAUCGUGGAGAUGCUCGCCAAAGCAGCCGUGCUGGAGAUCAACAAACUAUGGGAGGACAGCUUUGCUCUCGUGCAGGUCGAGCUUCGCCGAAGAGAAAGCGAAAUCGUAGCGCUCAACCGUAAGAUCAAGUUGCUGGAAAACGAGGGAUUGUCCGGUUCCGAGAAAACUCCAAAUAAGUCACAAUGUUUUCCAAAGAAAGAUCAGUAUAACAACAACAAGCAGCAGCUGCCCCCGCAUGGCGAUGACCUUCCAGUGGAACCAGUCCAGGCGAUCCCUUCUGACCAGAGCGUCAGAGAUCAGGCCGACUCCCCAGUGAACACAAGGACAUCACCGCUUCCUCCCACGGUGGAGAAGCAGAGCGAGCAGCUCAAAGCUGACGGCUCCACCACCGAGGACGGAGAGGACGAAAACCUAACAGUUAAGAUGGAAGACGAGGACGAUGUCCAGAUCGUGGAGCAGCGGUCGGUCUGUCUGGACGGUCACCUCGAGAUGGAGGAGAGUCAACGAGCAGCUGAAGCUGAGCAGGAGCUGGAGACUCAGCUGUGGUCGUCUGUUGUGGUGGGCGACAGCGACGCUGCAGAAGACUCGGACUGCUACUUGGAGCCGCAGCAGCCGUCGCAAAACCUGGACUCUGAGAUCCUGCUGAUUCAAAACGCAUUGGACAUUUUAGAAAGCUCAUCAGAGACGGUUAGCUCUGACAGGUCUGUCGGUGAGAACACAGCUGUCCAGUGUGUUUCAGGCAAGUCCAGAAGUUCUGGCACUUUCCGCCAAACUCAACCAAGUAGACCCGCAGAAUCAACCAAUCACCACGAGAGAGGAACGUCGGUCCGAUUUCUGUUAGAAAAACAGCAGCAAAGUAAGAACGUUCCCCCUUUCCACACGGACAACCGAUUCUUUCUCCUGAACGACCAAGAGCUGCACAAAACCAUAGCCAGUCGACGCAUCAAGGAGAAGUGGUACAUCUGCCCGUUCUGCGGCAAAAGCUUUGAUCGGGUCAGCCACCUGGAGAUCCACCAGCGGAUUCACACGGGGGAGAAGCCGUACACGUGCGACACCUGCGGCAAAAGCUUUUCCCAGAGGAGCAACCUGCGCACCCAUCAGCGGACUCACAAGGAGGCGCUCAGUCAGAACGCAGUUUGAUUCCGGGGGCGGGGCAUCGGCAAAGACAAAAACUGGAAAACAGUCGUUGAAGUUUAGAUUAACAAAUGCAUUUUUAAAACCCAAUUUUAAUGUGUCUAAAAUGUUUAGUCAUGGAGUGAUUGUGAAGAGAUGAAGUUGGGACUUCUGAGCUCCAAACUUGGCUUUGGUCUGAAACAUUUAGACCAUUCCUUGGACGUUCCCACUGCUGGGUCUGACUGUAGCUUAUUAACAGGCACUCAGUUCAAAUAAACAUUCAUUCCCUACCUCUA